UCGAUAUAAAGGCUGGCUGGGACAAGCUGACGCUCAGACCGGUGAAGCUCUGCUCAUCUUAAAACACACUCCCUUAAACAACUGACCAAAGCUGACACAGGACAUCUGAGCAGAAUGAGCAUGCACAGAGCAAUGGCUGGUUGUUUUGUGAUGGUGUGCCUGGUGGCGCUGCUGGCUGAGAGGACAGAGGGACACAUCACCUUCUUCAGUCCAAAGGAGAUGAUGCUGAUGAAGGAGAGAGAAGGUAGAAAGGACAUGGAGCCUCGAUCGGAGGAUGGUCAGUUUGAAGAGGUUACAGUCGAACAGCUUCCUCGGCUGGAACGUGGGGGAAAUCCUGAUAAAACAGUGGAGAUUGCGAUCCGUCUUUCACCCAAACAGCUAGAUCAUGUGGCUCCGAUGCUCGAAGAGAUCAUCCAUGAGAUAGAGGAGGAACGUCAGAAAGGUACAAGUGUUUGAGUGAUGGAAGACGUAG